GCUCCUUGGUUGAGGUGUCGCAGCUCAGUGGGGCCCAGCUUUGUGGACCCGGGAGCCCAGGACGCAGGCGGUGCUUGUGCUCCGGGGGGGCAGGGCGUACGGUGGGCCUCCUCCCGCCUCUACUCUCGCAGUUUGCCCCUCAGUCUCCUUUCUUUGCUGCUUUUAUGCCUUUCUUUCUUUCUUUUUUUUUUUUUUGAGACGGAGUCUCGCUCUGUCGCCCAGGCUGGAGUGCGGUGGCGCGGUCUCGGCUCACUGCAAGCUCCGCCCCCCGGGUUCACCCUUUUAUGUCUUUCAUUGGAGCUUUCUGGACCGUGUGCUUGACGGUGCCUUAGGUGCCGUGGGGACACACGCGAGUCUGAUAAGCACCCUCCCCCGGGAUCAUGCGGUGCUGUGAGGCCUAGCGAAGAUGAAGAUAGAAUGCAAGGUAGAAAGUGCUGGAUACCUUUAGAAAGCUACAGAACUGGUGCAUGGGAGUUGAUACGUAAGAACCUGCCCGUCCGUAGGGCUCUGGAUGCUGCUGAGGCCCGAGGCCCCCAUGGCAGAUUUGAAAACUCACCCUUGUAGAGUCAUUCCUGCCUUUGAGAGGACUCCCUGUUAAGGCGCUGAGCCCCCGGAGGAGGAGAGGGCUGGUUCGGGGAGCCCCUCCCCUGGGGCGGGGCCAAAGCGUCCUUCCAGCCCGGCUUUGCAGAACAGAGAUCUGGUGUCUCCAGUUUACAGAAGCACUUGCAGAACUCAUCAGAAGCCACCCCGCUUAUCAGCAGAUUUCAAGAGAGCGUUCAGUGGAGGCCCUGAGUCUGCACAGUUCACCUCGCUGGGAACUGCUCACCUGAGCGUUGGAGCCGGCGCUGGCCCCCUGCAGCCGAAAGGAGCCCCGGAGGCCCAGGACAUAGCGCUCUUGCUCUUGCAGAAUCCACAGGUCUUUCUUGAAGAAAUCUGUAGUCAGAACUUUGUUCUGCAUUUUUAUCUAGGGAAGGAAUAGGAAGAGAAGAGUGUGGUCUACUAGAAAUCUAGCACUGGAGACACGAGGAAAAUUCUUCCAACAAUGGUCUCCCACUCAGAGCUAAGGAAGCUGUUCUACUCAGCAGAUGCUGUAUGUUUUGAUGUUGACAGCACGGUCAUCAGAGAAGAAGGAAUCGACGAGCUAGCCAAAAUCUGUGGCGUUGAGGACGUGGUGUCAGAAAUGACACGGCGAGCCAUGGGCGGGGCAGUGCCUUUCAAAGCUGCUCUCACAGAACGCUUAGCCCUCAUCCAGCCCUCCAGGGAGCAGGUGCAGAGACUUAUAGCAGAGCACCCCCCACACCUGACCCCCGGCAUAAGGGAGCUGGUAAGUCGCCUACAGGAGCGAAAUGUUCAGGUUUUCCUAAUAUCUGGUGGCUUUAGGAGUAUUGUAGAGCAUGUUGCUUCAAAGCUCAAUAUCCCAGGAACCAAUGUAUUUGCCAAUAGGCUGAAAUUCUACUUUAAUGGUGAAUAUGCAGGUUUUGAUGAGACACAGCCAACAGCUGAAUCUGGUGGAAAAGGAAAAGUGAUUAAACUUUUAAAGGAAAAAUUUCAUUUUAAGAAAAUAAUCAUGAUUGGAGAUGGUGCCACAGACAUGGAAGCCUGUCCUCCUGCUGAUGCUUUCAUUGGAUUUGGAGGAAAUGUGAUCAGGCAACAAGUCAAGGAUAACGCCAAAUGGUAUAUCACUGAUUUUGUGGAGCUGGUGGGAGAGCUGGAGGAGUAACAUCCACUGUCACACAGCUCCGAAUACCUUCAGAUGGAUUUUUACAAGUGAUACAGGUUGAUACUGUUUGCUUACAAUUGCCUAUUACCACUUGCUAUAGAAAGUUGGCACAGAUGAUCUAUACUUUAAGCUACAGUUAGGACUCCUAGAAGAUUGCUUUUUUUUUUUUUUUUAACUGUAGUUCCAGUAUUAGAUGAUGACUAUUGAUUUCCUGUAGAGUUUUGUAAUCUGAAUUCUUUCUGUAUAUUCCUAGCUAUAUUUCAUACAAAGUGUUUUAAGGGUGGAGAGUCAAACAAACACCUUGACUCUUAGAAAGAUGGAUUCGGCAGCCUUCGGUGAAUAUUGGUUUCCCUUUGGUAUAUCAAUAAAAGUUUAUCCAUGUGUCAGAA